UCCAGUCUGCGGUGAUGCUGAAUUAGAAUUGCAACAUCACAGCGAGAUCUUGUUUAACUCUAGUUUUAUUACGCGUCUUUAAAAUGGAAACGAAAGGUUUGUUGACACAUCCACUUUAAAUCACACGCUGACAUCGCAGUAAUACUCUCCGCCCACUCUGUGAGGAGCCCUCCACUCCGACUUUAUGAGUAGACGUACCUGCAUGUUCCAGGGAGCAGAGCAGUCAGGCUGGAACUGACCUGGAAUGCCGGUAUCUACGAGAAGGAAAGAGAUCGCCGCUCUUCACCUGACAGGCACAUAAGUGUUGUGAAACUAAACUGUAAAAUUAGUCACUUUGUGGAAAUAGGGAACUGUCGCGGAUCAAUUUGAGCUAUAACAGAUUCCGCUCGAUACAUGCCAAAACUGGGGAACGCUGAGGAUUCGGAAACUUUGUUGCGGAACUUUGAUGUUUUCGUCACUUUAAUUGGCUAUCGAAUGGACCAACAUCCGAGCGCCCGGAGCUGCACCAGCCGCGGAGCACCGUCCUGCGAGGCCGUCCCAAGCGAGCCCCCGAUGAAUUUGCACAUCCAUUCCACAACCGGCACUCGUUUCGAGCUCUCCCUUCCCGCGGAGGAGACAGUGGAAGGGUUAAAGAGGAGGAUUUCUCAGAGACUUAAGGUGCCCAAAGAAAGACUCGCGUUGCUGCACAAAGAGACGCGCCUGUGUUCAGGGAAACUUCAGGACUUGGGCAUUACAGAUGGGAGCAAGUUAACUCUCGUUCCAACAGUUGAAGCAGGGCUAAUGUCACAAGCGUCGAGGCCUGAGCAGUCAGUGAUGCAGGCCUUGGAGAGUCUGACCGAGACACAGGUCAGUGACUUCCUGUCUGGCCGUUCUCCUCUGACCCUGGCCCUGAGAGUGGGCGAUCACAUGAUGUUUGUCCAGCUGCAGCUGGCGGCGCAGCACUCGGGCGGACAGCAGCUGCAGCACCGGCACAUCGUCUCGCGCGGCGCCCCGGACGGCCUGGCCCGGGUCUCGCACGGCCCCCAUCCGCACCCGCACCUCCCCCCCAGCCCGCUCAGCCCCGCGCCCUUCCCUGCCUCUGCUCCGCCCGCCUACCCCGCCUCGGCCUCCACACACUGCAGCACUCUUGGUCACUCCCCACCCAUCCCAGACGGCCUCCUCCGGCACCAGCAGCCCCCAUCACCCAGCAGCCCGAGCGCUGCGGGCCCCUGCCCCGAGGCGAACUGUACCGCUCGGGCCGCGAGUAGCUGCACCGUUCCCCCGCGCUCUCGCAAACCAGGUGCUAUCAUCGAGAGCUUCGUCAACCAUGCUCCAGGGGUCUUCUCCGGGACAUUUUCAGGCACUUUGCAUCCGAACUGUCAGGACAGUAGCGGUCGGCCACGGCGGGACAUAAGCACCAUCCUGCAGAUCCUGAACGACCUCCUGAGCGCCACGCGCCAUUACCAGGGCAUGCCGGCGUCGCUGGCGCAGCUCCGCUGCCAGACGCAGUGCGGCGGGGGGGCGGCGUCUCCGGCGCCCUCGCCCCCGCCCUCACCGCCGGCCACACCCCCGGCCAUGCCCGAGUUCGCCGCCGGCCUCUCCCCCAAAGCUACCUCCGCUCCGCCAGUGAGCCAGCCCACCCUCCACCCUUCGCUCCACCCGCUCGUCCAGUGCCAGAGCCAGGUCCGGAUGUGCAAGCCUCCUGGAGACCGGCUGCGGCAGACGGAGAACCGCGCCACGCGCUGCAAGGUGGAGCGGCUGCAGCUCCUCAUGCAGCAGAAGCGUCUGCGGCGGAAGGCGCGGCGGGACUCGCGAGCUCCCUAUCCCUGGCUGCCCAAUCGCAAGGCAGCCCGCAGCAACAGUAACAGCAGCAUGUCGAGCGACGGCUCUCUCGACCUCGACUUCGACGACUCCGUGUGGAAGCCCGACGUCAAGGCCGACAUGAAGUCGGAGUUCAUUAUGGCGUGAAGCAGCAGGGCGGAGUCGUGCCAUCAUUGAGGGUGGAGAACAGGCCCGGGGAGCCGGGAUUCAUGUACAGGAAGGGGAACCGUGUGAGACUAGAGUCCGGCAUCGACCGAGGGUGGGGGUGGGGUAGGGGGACAAUUCAAAGUGUCGUAUGCUUCCCUUUGACCACAGACUCGUUUCACAAAGGGAAGUUCAACUGACUUUUACCACGUGUCCCCCCGUCAGCCUGCGAUUAUGGAAAACGGACUGAACCGCGUUGAGGCACGCCGGAUGCAGACGGGACCGAUUAACGAUUGAGAGCGCAGGUGCUCACUUUUGCAAGAAGUAAUCGCAAGAAAGGAACACAGCGAACUUUAACGGUGUCGGGGUUAGUUUCUUUCCCGCCUCUUUUUCCAAGGAGAACACGGGGGUCGGAAAACUACACAGGGCAAAAUGCAGCCAGCACAGUGUGACUCACACUCAGGCGCUGGUCUCGCUGCCACCCCUGGGGUUUUGGGGGGGUUUUGGUUGUCUUUUCUUCCCACAGUGGGGCAUUCACAGUUAAGAGCCAUGAAGCAGAUCUCAAAUUCUUCAUUUAUGCUUUUUAUUGCUAUUAAUCAACUUACUAUUUUUGAAACAAAUAUGUAGCAUUACCCGCAUAGCAUUCAGGUUUUUGAUCUUAUGGACGUGGAGGUUUUAUUUGCACGUCUUUUUGAUUUUCAGUGGAUUGUCAAAACAUGACUAAGAAAAAAGAUACAAUGCCUAAUCGGAACCUCGAAACUUCAUCACAGCCCAGUGUAGUAAUUUAAAAAUGUGUUAUUCUGAAAAUGAAAAAGAUUUAAUAAAAACCCCACCAAGACAAGACAUGGCAUGAAUUGUAUAGUUAGUCAGUUUUCAUACAUUUAAAAAAAAAAUCAUCUUUUGUUGUCCUGUUUUUUAUUUAAAAAAAAAAAAAAAAAAAAAUCAAAACUAUUUGCUGAAUGGAUUGCUUAAAGCCAUGAGAUCAGUCAUUUGACUCAUUUGGCUGUGUAAACAUACAUUCUACACCAUUUCUUAAUUUUCCCUUGUAUCUGUGUAGAAUGGGUACACACAGUUUGAAUAUGUACACUGAGCUCAGUCAGUCUUGCAGCGCGUUAGGUUGCCAUUGAUUUAGUUCUCCAAGAUGAUCAGGAAAGCAUCCAAUUAGAGUUUACAUACCUACUCGAAGGUUUCUGACCCCAUCCUUUCACGUGCUAAAGAUCCUGUCUUGUCUAUGUAAUGGUAAUCUCUUGAGAGAACCUUUUGCAAACUGUUUUUGAGUGAUUUGCCCUUAUUUAGGCCCCUCAGUCUGUGUUAGAUCAAGAAAGACGACUGCACCCAGUCUUCACCUACUCCAUAGUGCCUGCGUGGCAGAUGGGCAACGCUCCGAUCAGACCUUCCAGGCGGGCUGUUACGUGGGACUUCCCUUUGCAUGCAAAUGUAUGAGUUACACUCAUCUCUUUUGUAAGGAAAAAAAACUGGUGAGACUGGUGCUUAAAAGAAAAAAAAAAUGCAUGAAAUCAAAGGAAAAAAAAUUGCUCUGCUUGGGAUUUGAUAAUUUAGAAACGAUGUUACAUAUCAGUGGCGAAUUAGAACCUUGGGCGGGAGUUCCUGCUGCCGUUAUGCAGUAUUCUCGGAUCAUUCCCGGACUGUGAAGUGCAGUGGAACGCCAGAGCACCGCCUCGUCCCUGACACCACAUCCCAGGAUGGAGGAAGGCCAGCAUCUGCCCCUACUGUCUGAAAACUAGAGUUGAGAAUUCAAAAAGGAGAAAAAAAUGAAAAGAAGACCAUGAUUGCACUCACUGAGUUUGCAAUGAGAUUACCUGCCUGAGUGGAGCCUUGUCUGUUUUUCUUCUUUUUUUUCAAGUGGCCUUAACUUUCACACUGACACACUCGGGGACUGGGGGCCGGCCGGGGUGCCGUUUUGUUGUUUUUCAUCCUUCUUCGUUUUGUCAGAACACAGUUUUCUCUGAUUAUCUGGGCAACUCUUUGCAGAUCUUGAAGGUGGAGGCUCUAAUAUGUCAAGGCUUCUGUGCCUUAAAAAAAAAAGCCCUUCAGUGAGUGAGGGGGAAAAAAUUCCAACCCUUGCAGGCUGGUUAGCAUUGAUAUCAUACUGCACUGGUAGAAUAUUUGAUAUUCAAUUUUUUUUUUAUUUGCAAAUAUAUUCAGCACUACCUGGAAGAAAGAGGAAUGGCUUCAGGUUUCAUUAAUGUGUUUUCAUACAUUUGUAAAAUCAAGACCAUUAAACCUUAACCAGUCCUACCACCAAGACACUUAAAUGCAACAUAUUUACACAAAAAAUGAUCAGCAAACCGAAUAAAGCAGUAGUGGGGACAAUGGCUACAGCGACGAAGUGCCCCAAUUUGGACAUAAGAUGCCCCGAGCCACCCCAACCAACCCCAUCCAAAAACAGUUUUUAGUUUCCAUAUAUGUAUUAAAUAUACUCUGUGCGUGCCUCACCUAUAUGUGAAAUGAGGAAGAAAAAAAUACGGGGGGAAAUGGGCGAGCUGAUCUGAGCUUGAACGUGGUAAGCGGGGGGGGGGGGGAUACAAUACAGUUUGUUGAAGUUCACAUCAUUUAAGUUGCCUGUUCUUUCUUGUAGCCAACAAUUAAAGAUAACAAGAGUCAAAAAUACAAUGUUCUAGCUAUAGACCGGUGUAGCACAUGUGUGACUGUAUUAAUUUAUAAAACCAAAAUGGUAACUGUGAAUUAUGUAUUUCUUUGUGCAUUUUUUUUGAAGUGGGAAGAGGCGAAACGGGCAUGACCAUGCCCCAUUUGUUUUGUGGAAUAUAAUGGAAAUAAUCAAGUAAAAAACAAAAAGAAAAUAUCUAAAUAUAUUUUUUUCUUAAGCAAUACAUUUCAGUGUGACUUGUGAUAGGACAUUUUCUUUUUUAGGUAAUAAAUUGAAAGAAAACAUC